AUGGGAGGGAACCAACGAACCGCCAUUCCCUUCUCUCUCCCCACUCCUCUCAACCUCCCGCCAUUUUCUGCGUCUCAACGAUCGUUCAACCUAGGGUUUUCUCUCCGAUCCGAUCACCGCCGCCGCCGGUGAUCUCACCGACAGAUCGGAGAUGGACGGCCUAGGCUCCUCCUCAUCCUCCUCCCCCCACCGGAGGAGCUCGUCGGUGUGCAGCUCCUCCAGCAAGAAGAUGUCCUCCGACGCCACCGCCUCCGCCGCCGGAGGAGGAGGAUUCCAGGUCGUCACGCCUCGAAAGCCUCCGCUCUCUCGAUCGACGACUCUUAAUGGUGAGAGAACUGUAAAGCGGUUGCGGUUGACUAAAGCCUUAACAAUGCCUGAGAAUUCAACAGUGUAUGAGACUUGCCGACGAAUGGCUGCUCGUGGGGUUGAUGCUGCAUUGCUAACUGAUUCAAAUGCUUUGCUAUGUGGAAUCUUAACAGCUAAGGAUAUAACAACAAGAGUUAUUGCCCGUGAAUUAAAGCUUGAAGAGAUUCCUGUUUCCAAAGUCAUGACAAGGAAUCCUGUAUUUGUUCUUUCAGACACUCUAGCUGUGGAAGCAUUGCAAAAGAUGGUAUUAGGUAAGUUCAGACAUUUGCCUGUUGUGGAGAAUGGUGAGGUAAUUGCUUUACUUGACAUAGCAAAGUGUCUAUAUGAUGCCAUUGCACGGAUGGAAAGGGCAGCUGAGAAGGGAAAAGCUGUUGCAGCUGCUGUUGAAGGAGUUGAGAAGCAUUGGGGAACAUCUGUUUCUGGUCCUAAUACAUUUAUAGAAACGCUUCAAGAACGCUUGUUCCGGCCUUCAUUAUCAACCAUCAUAUCAGGAAGUUCAAAGGUUCUCACAGUCUUGCCAACUGACACAGUAUUAGCUGCAACACAAAAGAUGCUUGAAUUUCAAAUAAGUUCCGCUGUUGUGACCAUUGGAAAUAAGCUGCAGGGAAUACUAACUUCAAGUGACAUUUUGUUGCGCGUAAUUGCCAAAAAUCUUUCUCCAGAAUCAACCUCUGUGGAGAAGGUCAUGACUCAAAACCCUGAAUGUGGAACAAUUGAUACACCAAUCCUUGAUGCUCUUCACAUCAUGCAUAAUGGAAGGUUCUUACAUCUUCCUGUUUUGGACAGAGAUGGGCAAGUUGUCUCAAUUAUUGAUGUAAUUCAUGUUACUAAUGCUGCAGUAGCCACAGUUGAAAACAGUGGAGGACUAGGGAACGAGUCAACAGUGUCCAUGAUGCAGAAGUUCUGGGAUUCUGCAAUGGCAAUCGGACCUAUUGAAGAGGAUGAAGAGACAAAGAGUGAAGCAUCCAUGAAACUCGCAUCAGAUGGAACAGACAUAUUAUGUUCUCCCGCCUAUCCCCGAUCAGGCUUAGCUCCCACUUUUGCCUUCAAGCUCGAAGACAAAAGGGGUCGGAUGCACAGAUUUUAUUGUGAUACACGUACCUUGACAGAGCUCAUCACUAGCAUUCUUCAAAGGGUGGGUGAUGACAUCGACAAGAAUCAUCUACCUCAAAUCCUGUACGAAGACGAGGAUCGCGACAAAGUUGUCCUUGCAUCGGAUAGUGACCUUGCGGCUGCUGUGGAACAUGCCAGAGUUGUUGGGUGGACGGGUUUGAGGCUGUAUCUAGAUUAUUCAGGUACAAGCAGAAAACAUAAGAACAGGGGUGGGCCAGGAGCAACAGCGUUUACAAGUAGAGAUGCAUGGGCAUCGGCAUAUAGCACAAUUGCAGCUGGUGCUGCUCUAGUUGCGGGACUCGGCGUGAUGGCAUACCUGAGGAGGAGCUCAUAAGGUUGUGCUUGGUUUCGUAUGAAAAUAAUCAAGAAUAGAUGGAAAUGGAGAUAUCAAACUUUUUGACCAUUAAGUAAAGGAAACCAAAGAGGGGUUCUUCUCAAGAUAAUUCUCAUACACGUAUACAAGAGCUAUUACUAUUAUCAUCAUUAUUCAUCAACUGAUCGCAAUCCUUUCUGAAAGGACAAAAUAUUGUAUUAUUUUUUUUCAGAGGAUAGUGAUAUAUGAAUGUUGGUUAUACAUGUCAUAAAAGUUUAAAAGAGGUUUCAUCUUAUAUCUCGAGUAGAACCUCAUAAUGUUGUUCUUGUUUGUACCUAAAGUUAUCGAGAACAAAUGAAGAGAGAAGAGAAAGAAAUCUGGUUUUCUUAUUUGAA